UUGAUAAUAUUUUUUAUUUAUAUAAUUAUAGAAAAGUAUAAAAUUUUUUUAUUUCUAAUCAAAUGUAAAAUAAUAUCUUCUGCUUGAAUGAAUGAAAACUACUGACAUCUUUAGGUUUAAAUUGUAUGUAGGACAUAUUUUUUGAUUUACUUAUAACAUGAUGUAUAUUGACUGAGAGUGGUAAAUAAAUAAUAUUUGUUAUAUUUAAUUUCUUCAAAAAAGAAAACUAUUAUUUUUAUAAAUGGAUAUCGGUGAAUUACUGUCAUAUAAACCACCAAACACACCAAAAAGACCAAUAGCAGGAGAAGAAGAAGAUGAAGAUGAAUGGGAAAAUGCUAAGAAACCAAAAAGAGUAAUUAAAACUCCAUAUCAUGCACGUCAAAGACAACCAAGAGAAAUUGAAAUGACCCCAGUUAGAAGUAAUGAACCUCCUACACCUAUCAGAGCUGCUUUACCUUCACCAGCAAAUGAUGUAGUUGAACCACAGCUUACAGAAAAAGAAAAACAAGAUAUUUUAAAAUAUGUAGAAACUGAAGCUCCAGAAAUAGAAGCAUUAGAUGAAGCAACAUUAAAGAGAAUGGUUCUUUUAUUUGAAAAAAGAGCACUUAGAAAUCAAGAAAUGAGAGUGAAAUUUCCUGAUCAACCAGAAAAAUUCAUAGAAUCAGAAGUGGAAUUACAUGAAACUCUUCAAGAAAUUCAUGUUGUUGCAACUAAUCCAGACUUAUAUCCUCUGAUGGUAGAAUUAGGUGCUGUACCUUCAUUACUUGAAUUAUUAUCUCAUGAAAAUACAGACAUAGCAGUUGGUGUAGUGGAUCUUUUACAAGAACUAACAGAUGUAGAUAUUUUACACGAAAGCCAAGAAGGUGCUGAUACAUUGAUUGAUGCUUUGUUGGAACAACAAGUUUGUGCUCUUCUUGUGCAAAAUUUAGAGAGAUUGGAUGAAUCAGUAAAGGAAGAAAGUGAUGGAGUUUAUAAUACUUUAGCUAUUUUUGAAAAUUUAUUAGAAUUUAGACCAGAAUUAUGUGCGGAUGCAGGAAAACAAGGAUUAAUGCAAUGGCUUUUAAGAAGAAUUAAAGCAAAAACACCAUUUGAUGCAAAUAAACUUUAUGCUAGUGAACUUUUAUCUAUUCUAUUGCAAAAUACACCAGAAAAUAGAUUACUUCUUGGUGAACUUGAUGGAAUUGAUGUAUUAUUACAACAAUUAGCAUAUUAUAAAAGACAUGAUCCUCAAACAGCAGAAGAGCAAGAAAUGAUGGAAAAUUUAUUUAAUGUAUUAUGUUCAAGUCUCAUGGCAACUGUAAACAGAGAUAGAUUUUUAAGAGGAGAAGGAUUGCAACUUAUGAAUUUAAUGUUGCGAGAAAAAAAAAUGUCUAGGAAUGGUUCUCUUAAAGUAUUAGAUCAUGCAAUGAAUGGACCAGAUGGAAAAGAUAAUUGCAGUAAAUUUGUUGAUAUUCUUGGAUUAAGAACAAUAUUUCCUUUAUUCAUGAAAACGCCGACAAAAAAUAGAAAGAGAAUGCUUACUGCAGAAGAACAUGAAGAACAUGUAAUAUCAAUUAUAGCAAGUAUGCUAAGGAACUGUAAAGGACAACAACGUCAAAGGUUAUUGAGUAAAUUCACGGAAAAUGAUUACGAAAAAGUAGAUCGAUUGAUGGAGCUUCAUUUUAAAUAUCUUGAAAAAGUGGAGGAAGUGGAAAAAAAUACUAAGGAAGAUGAAGAUGAAGAAGAAUCAUACUUAAGAAGAUUGGAUAGUGGAUUAUUUAUUUUACAAUUGGUAGACUAUGUUUUGUUAGAAGCAUGUACUGGUUGUCCACCAGCAGUAAAACAACGAGUUACACGAAUUUUAGCUCAAAGAAGGGCAUCUCUCAAAACAAUAAGACACAUUAUGCGAGAAUAUGCAGGAAAUCUUGGUGAUGCUGGAGAUUCAGAAUGGAGAGAAGCAGAGCAACAACACAUAUUGCAAUUAAUUGAUAAAUUUUGAUGUAUACUUUUUAAUGAAGGACUUAAAAAUUUAAAGUUUUCUGCAAUUUUAAAAUUUUGUCUUAUAAUAGCAAACUUAUUAUAUAAACAUUUAAUAACAUAUG